AGAUUGGACCCAGACUAUGGCCACUUUAUUCUGACUUUGUCUAGAGCGCCUCCUAUCCAAUAAGCGGCAGUGCUGCGCCCUAGAGCAGGUCUAAUCAAAUGAUCCCGGAAAGGAGAACGCAAAGAAGACCAAACAAGUCAUUCAGUAGAUAAGAUCAUUAUAGAGCAGUCACAUAUAGAGCAGUCACACACAGAGCAGCGGUCUGGCAGCGAUUCGUCAAGAUAACGGAAGACGGAAGGAUAAUGAAAAACGAAGGCGUCGAGGGGACCGAGAGGUUCCUGAGUCCUGACAAGGGAAGAGGACUGCGGGCGGUCCAACACUUUGCCGUCGGGGAGCUGGUGUUCGCCUGCCCUGCGUACUCCUAUGUGUUGACAGUGAAUGAGAGGGCAGCACAUUGUGAAUACUGCUUCUCAAGGAAAGAGGGCCUUUCCAAGUGUGGCAAAUGUAAACAAGCCUUCUACUGUGAUGUCGACUGUCAGAAGGGAGAUUGGCCCAUGCACAAACUGGAAUGUUCAGCCAUGUGUGCCUAUGGGGAGAACUGGUGUCCGUCUGAAACCGUCAGACUAGUGGCCAGAAUCAUAAUGAAACAGAGAGCGACAACGGAACGGACAACCUCAGAGCGACUGCUGCUGCUUACAGAGUUUGAAUCCCAUCUGGAUAAGUUGGACAGCGAGAAGGAGGAGCUGAAUCAGUCGGACAUCGCAGCCCUCCACCACUUCUACUCCAAAAACAUCAUAGAUCUUCCUGAUAACCAGGCACUCAUUGAGCUCUUCGGCCAGGUCAACUGUAACGGCUUCACCAUCGAGGACGAGGAGCUCUCCCAUCUCGGUUCUGCCGUGUUCCCAGAUGUAGCACUGAUGAACCACAGCUGCAGUCCAAACGUCAUCGUCACCUACAAAGGCACCGUGGCCGAGGUGCGCGCCGUGCAGGACAUCAACCCCGGGGACGAGGUCUUCAACAGCUACAUAGACCUGCUCUACCCCACUGAAGACAGGAGGGAGCGCUUGAUUGACUCUUACUUCUUCAACUGCCAGUGUGACGAGUGCACCUCGAAGUCAAAGGACAGCGCUAAGAUGGAGAUAAGGAAGAAGCUGAGUUCUCCGCCAGAACCAGAGGAAAUACGAACCAUGGUAUAUUACGCCAAGAAUGUCAUCGAGGAGUUCAGAAGAGCCAAGCACUACAAGACUCCCAGUGAACUGCUUGAAAUGUGCGAGCUGAGCCAGGAGAAGAUGGGCUCUAUAUUCGCCGACACCAACGUCUACAUGCUGCACAUGAUGUACCAGGCGAUGGGCGUGUGUCUCUAUAUGCAAGACUGGGACGGAGCCAUGAGCUAUGGAGAGAAGAUCGUCCAGCCCUAUAGCGUGCACUACCCCCCCUACUCUCUGAACGUGGCGUCCAUGUAUCUGAAGCUUGGACGGCUGUACCUGGGGCUCGAGAGAAAGACGCAAGGGAUAAAGGCUCUGAAGAAGGCACAGGCGAUCAUGGAGGUAGCCCAUGGGAAGGACCACCACUAUGUGGCGGAGGUCAAACGUGAGAUCGAGGAGCAAAACUAAAAGGAGAUGCAGGAGGAGCAGUUCAUGUCCACACAGAGGCGUUGGGAUUAUUGCCACCUCGCCUUUAAGCAAAAAGAAAAAAACACAGAAUUUCAAAUGCACAGCAUGCGUCGUGUACCUCCUUUUUCUUUUCUUUUCUUUUCCCGGUUAAGUGAUGUCCAAUACAGUGUUUGUGUCCACCGGUUUAUCCCCGUUUGUGUAGUUGGUCGUGUUUCUGUUUCUGUUAACGGUUUUGUCGUGUGUACAUGUCAAAGUCUGGUCUAGGAUGACCUGCGUCGGGCAUGUCCUGUUCAGCGCGAUCUUAAUUUGUAUAUUUUUUUUUUAAAGUGGGCAUGGCUUAAUUUACUAAAUGUUUCUAACUGUGUUUGCGUUUCUGAGGCGUUCCCUCCCCCCAGUGUUUGGUAGAAUAAACCACGAGUUCCUAAGGAAUGCAAAGGAAAAACGUGACGACUUUAUGAAGUUGUUUUUGAUUUUGGUUUGUUUUGUUUGAAGAAAAGAAAUAUGACACAUAUUGAGUCAGUUUAAUGACUCGCCAACUCAUCCAACUAAUCUGAAACCAUUGUGCCAUCUAAAAAGAUCAUCAAUAAAUUGAAUCAGUUUGUAUUA